AGUCAACAGGAUGAUGAAGUGUUGUAUGACAGGUUUGUUUUACACCAUUGCUGUUACUUGAGUGGUAUUUGUGUUUGUUAGUGAUUUUGCAUGGACAUAGAGUAGUGUCCUCAUGCCAUUGAUAGUAUUAGUUUCAUUAAAACUUGUUUAAACCACUGAAUAUUACAGGUGGCUAGAGAGUCCUGGUAAUACCAAGUUAACAUGGCCUCUUAAAAUUUAGGAUUGUCAUUCAGUUUUGUACUUUACACAAAAUGAGGUUGCUGCUUAUGCACCAAUGCUAUGCCAGAAAAGAAAUUAGAUUAAAUAAGUGCUUUCCCUUUGACUAAGCACCCUGCAUCUCAGCCUUUUGCUCCCAAGAUCUCACUACCUAUUCUCCUUACUGACCCUACCAUACCAUUGUUAUGAUUUUAGUUCCAAGAAUUUAGUGUUAGAUCAACUAAUAAUCCCCAAAUUAACAUUUCUUUAUCUUCAUAACUUGUCUGCAUAAUAUUAUAUAAUAAUUGUGUGGAGAAAUUCUGUCUUGGUCACUCCUAGAAAUUAAGGGUUAAGAAGCAUUCCAUGUCUUGUGCUUAAUUUAAUGUGCUUAGUAACAGAUUUACAAUAUCUGCAAUUGUUAUUAAACAUGCUGUUUUUAUAUUUAGAUGCCAUUAAAUGUUCAUAUAGCAAAAACUACUGCUCAUAUACAGAUGCAGUUAAUCUGAUUUGUUCUUUUCAUAGCGGUUAUUUUGGGUCUCAAGGAAGUGAUGCAUACCUCACUGGAGCUGGUGCAACAUGCAGGUAACUUAGACAUAUUUUACACAGUGUAGCCCAGAAGCAAGCUGAUCAUACAUAUUGCAAACUUACAUAGACUAGUUUGCAUGUAAGAAUUAUUGUGUAAUACUGUAUAAUCAAGGUGUGAAUGUGAGUGCCAAACAGAAAAGGUAGAAAAGGGUUUUUUAGUCAUUAGUAAGUACCUGAAACUAAUUUAUACCAUUCAAGUAGAGAAAAAUGGCUCGGUUUUUUUGUUUUGGUAAUUUACACUCUGAGUGUAAAUUACCAAUCAAAAUUCAGAAGAAGAAAGAAAUGGAAGUUCAAAAUUUUAUGCCAACAUUAAAUCUUGAAAACAGGACACAAACAACCAAAAAAUUGUGGGACAUGGAAAGAAUUAAGCACUUAUUUUUAAUGCGCUGAUGGCAUUGGUUUUAAUGUGAUGAAGAAAUUGUGAUAGAUUUUUGAAAACUGUAUAAAUUCAUUUUCUUUAGCUAGGUGGUCAGGUUAUGCAGAUUCCAUUUUUCAAAUAAGAAGGAAAAUUUUAAUAAUUCAGAGUAGAGGCAGUCCAUCUUUCCAUAUAAUAUCUUAAAGAUGGUAAAUCAUUUACAGCAAUCGUUAUGCAAUCUAAAGAAAUGUUAUGGAACAGUUGAUUACCUGAUUAUCUAUGACUUAAAAUGUUAUUCAUCAAAUGUUCAGUCUCACCCAUUAGGAGCAGAACCAUAUAUAAUGGAAUGUUAACUGAGUAUCUAGUGAAAUCAUAUAGAUGUAUGCGUGAUUUCAAAAUCAAAUGAGCAUGCAGUGUAAGUUUGAUUUGAAAUCACAAGUAUUAUUUUUUAGGGAAAAAAAAGUUUUUGGAAAAAAAGUUGCAAACCAUAUCUCACAUGUAACAAAAGGUCAACACCACAGCAUUUGCUGUUGAGUAUAUGCAUAAGAGUUGCAUUAGGCAAUAGCAGAGAGUGAUUCUAGCUUUAGGUUAGUCAGGGUUGUCAAAAAGAUUUGAAGUAGAAGGAGAAUGUAAGAAAGUAGGCCGCACUGAGGGCCAAAGACUCCCACGCUAGGCGGGGGGUCUGGGGGCCGCCGAGGCCCCCACCAGGGUACAGGGGCGGUGCCCCGUUCGAGGUCCAGGGGUGAAGCCCCCUGAAGCAAAACGCAUGUAGGGUUUUUCCACCAGCUGAAACUGCCUCUCCUUGAAGCAAUUUUUAUAUGUUUGCACUAUUCUAACUGGCAACAGUUAACAUUCCUUUUACCACUCUAACAAGAUUUAAUCAUUUUUAUUAGUGAGUUCAAAAAAACAAUUUAGUAGUCACUUCUCACAUGUGACACACAGCACAAAUUUUUUCGCGAAAGAAAAAAAAGUUUGGAGUACCAGUGCUUUCCUUCAAAGUGUACAGUAAGUGUAGAAUUAAAAGAGACUACUGGUUCCAAACAGGAUUCCAUCUUCUUUCGAUUAUUCCUAUGACUCAAAAAUACCGUUGCUAUCUUGCCAUCAGUACAACUUGACAUCUUUAUCGUAUUUUGACCGUGAGAAAUUAUUUGACGUGAUGUGCGGUUGCUUAUCCAAACAACGGUGAAUUGGAGAAUUGUAUGAAAGUGCAAAUGACUCAGAAAGGGCUAGAGCAAGAUUAUUUCCCAUUUAGUUUUUAAGUGAGAUACCAAAUUAGUAUCAAGCAUCAGCGAAUUCGAGAAAUUCGGAAAACAAACUAAUCCAAUUAGCACGCAGAAAACAACAGGCAAUCAUUUUGCGUCUAGUCGUGUCGGCGGGCAUCGAAUUACAUCUAGUGAAAAUCAGUGAGAAGCGUUCCGAAAUACAAAACACUACCGUACUUCCGACUCUUGUUUUGUUGCGUUUUUUUUUUCUUUAUCAUUACUCCACAAUAUGAGGCACUUCAUUCUUGGUUUCAGGAGAUUCAAAACCUUUCUUUUUUUCUUCUGUUUUUUUUUUUUUUUUUUUUAACCGACGAACUGUAGCCGGCGCAACUGAAAAAGUAGCCGGCGAUAUCGCCGGUCGCCGGCGCUUUUUGACAACCCUGGUUAGUUAUGUUAUGUUAGCUUUUUCAGCCCUUCGUUUUCCUUCAAUUUGAUUGGUUACUUUAAAAAAGCCUUGAAAUCUUAUUGGUAAUAUAUUUUUAGGGUUGCUUUCUCACUGGCUAGGAUAAAGAUGUAAUAAAGAUGUGCAAUUAGUGAAAAAAUGGCACUGCUGUGAGCUAAUCAGAUUUCAAGGAUCACCAGUCAUUUCAAAAUGGAUUUAUAUCAAACUUUUAUAUGUAUAUCAAAAAGAAAUUUGCUGGUGAAAGUUGUCGAGGGCUGUUUAAUCCCCGAAAAAAAUAAGCUUAAGGGUUGCUACUUAAAUCCAGACCUUUGUUUACCUUGAGUAAUUGUUUACUCUAUCCUUACUACAGGGAAAAUUCAUCCCAAGAAAAUGAUGUUGAACUUAUGGAAAUUAAUGAAAGUGAAGACACACAAGAGGGAAAUUCUUCCCCUCUAAGCACUGAGGCAACUGGCAGUAUCAGGUAAUUAAAAUUAUAUUGCUAGUAUAAUACUGAAAUAGGAUUCCUAGAAUGCAUAUUGGCAUUUUAAGAAAACUUUGCUUAUUUCGAACUUACUGCAUAUGGUAGAAACUUCACAUUUAUUGUUAUUGUUUGCAGUACUAGGUGUUCACAAACAUUUAUAUUCUUUAAAAAAAAUGUUUUGGGAAAAUUAGGGCAAGCAAAACCCAAUAAAAUGUAAUCAAACAUAAUUGUUUACACUAUCCUUACUACCAGGAAAAUUCAUCCCAACUUGUAAAAAAAGGUUUUGGGGAAAUUAGGGCAAGCAAAUCCUAAAGGCUCCCAGUCCAUUCAGUAAAACGUGGUUGAGUUAGAACUCAUUCUGUUAAAGACUUCAUUUGCAUGUAUUUCCCGCAAACCUGCAUCCUACCCACUGCAUCUGUAAAGUUUUCUGAAGCAUGUUGCUGUCAGCAAGAUGUUUGCAAAUACUGUUUUUCUGCACGUUAAGUGAAAUUUCAUGCAUGAACAUUUCCUGUUUGGGCCUCCAUGCAUGUAUUUUAGCUUUAUUGUGCAAAUUGAUUUCUUGACUGGAAAACGACUCUUAUAGAGGGAAAUGACCCUAAGAAAACAGAAUUCGGACUUCUAGGCAAUAAAGGCAAGAAAUACAAAAACGGGCGGUGAAUUUGCUUUUAUAUGGCAACCACUCUUUAAACACCAGCGAGAUAUUGGCGAGGAUCCUCAAGCAUUCUACAUUUUGCUCCUCAAUUUUGCUUGUCAGAUUUAUAUCCUAGUGAAACUUUAUAUAUAUUGAAUACAGGGAAUUCUGUGGGAAUCAUCUGUGUUGCACUAUAAAUAUUGGAACGAAUUAUGCAAGUCAGCAGAAAAAGAAGAAAAAAGAGAUGAAGAAAGAAGGCAAAGAAUCAGGAAAUGAAGAAAGUGACAUUCAACACGAGAAUAUUCUACGGAUGUGCAACGCUCUCCUAAAUUCUGGUGGGGGAGUGUUGGAAAUGAAAAUUUCCGACCCCCAGAAUAGUAGCACAAGUCAGAAGGAUCCUGUGGAUAGUUUCUGGCAAACCAUCGAGGAGCAAUUGAGAAGAAUGAUUCGUCCAUCAAGGUAUGACGAUGUUUUCGACCGAAGUGUACUGUCUGACAGAAUAUUGCUGUUCAUCAAUGCUCCUAAUCACUUCUGUACAAUGAAGUACAAUUUAUUUGUACCAGGAGAUGCGGGUGUUUAUGAAGCUACGUACGACGAUGUCGUCAAAAUUGUGAAGUUUGAAGGCUGCAAAAAGGAUUUAAAUUCCUAUAUACGAGUACCCUUGAAAGAACUUCCUAAGGUACCAGAUUAUUUUCUUGACCAGGGGAUAAUCAGCUUGAUCGAGGGCAAACAGGUUCAGUUUAAAAAAUUCACAUCUCUUUUGUUUUCACAACAUAAGCAGCGUUUUACCAUCGCCAGACAGUUGUCAGCUUUUGGUAACUGUGAUGGUGGAGUUCUUCUUAUCGGAGUAGGAGAUGACCGAAGAGUUUCAGGUGUAGACAUGGGAACCAACAGUAAAGAGUAUGUUGAAGAACGUGUCAUUUCCCUUUUCACUGAGAAUAUUUGCUGUAAUUUUGAGCUUAAAAGAGGCAUCCAUUGGGAUUUAACAUUCUCUGGUGUCUCUGGAUCUGAAUCCAAGUCUGUCAUAAUAAUUAAAAUGGCAGGAAUUCGCGACUCUGGUGGAAUUUUUGCAAAAUGCCCCGAAAGUUAUGAAUUGCGAUAUGAUAUAAAUGGCCAGCAGGUUCCUCAUCUCGCUGCAUUUGACAAGUGGAAGGAGAGAAUGAAGCCUGAUGAUGCAGAUUUGCCAAGGAAUACCAGAGGUGUGUACUUAUACAAAAACAUGCGCUUUUAGAAUAAAGAAUAUGAUUAUUUUAUUAAGGCAAUAAACCGCACAAUUUAUCAGUUUACCGGUGUAAUGCAAUUAAAAUAUUGGAAGUUCUCUCGAAAAAUUGGAAAUCGCCCUUCUGCGGUGCUUGAUUUGCAAACUUUCGUGGUGUCCUCUUAACAUCCCGCGCGGGAUAUCCCGUCGGUGUCCCGAUAGAAAGUGUGGUCUAUAAAUUUUAUAAAACAAACUUACAAUGGUUGAAUUUUCUUUGGAUUUAUCAUUGAAAUAAACGAUGAUCAUUUUCAUAAUACCUCCAAGUUCAGCCAGAGGUGUAUUUUGUUAUUCAGGUCAAAUCAUAAAACGAAUGAAUCGCUUUGGUUUAGGAGAAUUCUCAAUAUAUUUACUACAAGAACAUAAGUAGCCCAAGAUUGCACUGUUUUUGCUUUUCUUCACUCUAUAAUUGGUCCAGAAAUUUCGUGCUAUCCUUUCAACAAAUCAGAUACAAAUCUAAAACUAAAUGCGACUUGGUCAAUCGUGUUUUCCCGCCUUUCAGACAGGUUUCAUGUUUUUAUUCCGGCUUUCCUUGUCAUAUAUUCCUUUGCUCUGAAGGGCCGCCAUGGUUACUUCGGUUUUGAUUUUACAAUUGUCAGCCCAAAAGCACGAACCCUAGCUAUGACCACAGGUAAAUGUUUAAUUUCCUUCAUGUCAUCUCUUUUACUUUUUAGUGAUGAAAGAUAUGCUAAAAAGGUUCCGAAGGAUGCACAUAUCUAAUGGACAUCUUUUAACGGUGAAAGGUGAUGUUCAGAGGAUAAGGGAUGCGUUUUUUACAGGUAAGCUACAUUUCAGAAAUCAGUAAGAACUAUAAAAAGCUUAGAAAAAGAUCAGUGUUUUUCGUCCUGUCACGAGCGUGGGACAAUGAAAAAAACCUGAGUCCCCUUGAGGAAUCGAACCUCCGACCUUCAUAUUCCGCGCUCCGUUACUCUACCACUGAGCUGCAGAGAGUCGACGGUGAGCGAGGUCUAUUACGAAGUUCAUAUGACACGCGUCCGUUUUUUUUUCCUUUGUUCCACGCUCGAAAAACAAGACGAAAAACAUAUUUCUUUAUUUCUUUACUUCUUUACCGAGCUCAAAACUUACCAUCUCUCUUAUUUCUAUUCACAAACAUGGCACUAUGGACAUUGAUGAUCCAAGCAAUAGACAGUGUCAUAUGAACUUCGUAAUAGACCUCGCUCACCGUAGAGUCUCUGUGGCUCAGUGGUAGAGCAUCUGAGCGCGGAAUCCGAAGGUCUGAGGUUCUAUUCCUCAUGGGGACUCGGAUUUUUUUCUUUGUUCCAAGCUCGUGAUAGGACGAAAAAACAUACUUCUCUAUUUCUUUACGAGCUCAAAACGUACUAUCUCUCUUAUUCUAUAAAAAGCUUAUUGACAACUUUUUCGGUUUUUUGCUUAUUGACAACUUAUUCGUUUUAUCCGAUUUUCGACAUCUUCCUGGUUCGUAUUGGAUAGAAUUUGAUCAAUGUCAGUUUCUGAACUACUGCGCACCGACCCCUCCCCUAAUCUAACAUUAAUCCUUACUUGUUAUCAGUUGACUGUUGUUGGGGUAUGGUAAGGAAAACGAUAUUAGGUCGUAAUUAACUUUCGUCCGCACAUGCGCACAACAUAAAUCUCCGCCUUAUCUUUUCAAAAGCUAGAUUCUCUGGGACAAACAAACAUUUUCAUAGCAACUGGCUGGCGUCUGAAUACCUGGUUAAAAAAAAUAACGGGUGUGGUUGAGCAAGUUGUUUCACAGGACACAAGAAAAACAUUCCAUCCUUAAUAUAUUUUUUUUGCCUUGAUAUGAAAGAUAGUAUUUAAAUUAUGAAACUGACAAUCCCCUCCCUGCGAUCCAUGGAACCCACUGUGAGGUACUCUAUGUGCACGUUCUUAAGAGAUGUGUACAAUAUUUGUUGCUUCCAUAUCUCUCGGUUGACAUACUCCUGUGUGCAAUUGGCCACGGGCAAGAAGAAUUGCAAUACGUGGACUAGGGAAUAUUUUUAUCACGAGUUUUUUUCUCUUAUCUCAGUUUUUCGAUAUUUUAAUUGCAGUUGAUGAGAAGUUCUCAAUUUCACCAAGCGGUAUAGAGUCUACCUUUCCACUAGAGGCACAGCAAGCGAUACGCAACAUUCAGAAAGUUUGUUGCAGGGACCGUUAUCGGGGUUUUCUGGCUGUAUCACGUUCUUGGCUUCGCGAUACUGGAGGUACCGCAAUCGAUAGCGUCAUCUGUGACGUUCUUCUUAUCAGCCGAAACAUGGGUGGACUUCACCUGUACACUAUCUGCGAUGCGGCAGAUGAGAAGUCUAUGAAAUAUAGCAAAAAGGCUGCACAGUCCAUAAAGAAAAAACUUUCCGAAAAUGGCGCCAGGGGCCAAAAGUUUUAUGUGUCAUACCACGUGCUACCAUGUGGCGCGGGUGGAGUAGUGGGACUCCCAGUACCUGACGAUCGCUACCCGAAGUCUUAUGAUCUCCUUACUCCCCGAGAGAAACUUAAUGAAAUACUCAAAGCUAUGGUGAUAACUGUUGCUGCUGUGCCCUCUACUCUGUCCAGCAAGUUAGGAGUGACCAUUUUCAACCUCCUUAGCACGGAACAGUUUCGUUUGGUUCAUCAGCAGAUUGAAGUAAAUCGGGAAUUAUGGAUAAAGGGAGUCGCUGGAACAGGAAAGACCCUUGUUGCAGUGGAAUUCAUGCGAGAACUUAGACGCCGGGAGAAAUUACAAAGGGAUGAAAUCCUUUAUGUUUGUGAAAAUGAAGGCAUUGCAAGCCAAGUAAGGUAAGAAUUUCCAAUGGCAACAACUCCACUUAAGGACUAGUCUGCUUCGCAAAUGAUGCAAGCGGAAAACUGGUUAUCAACUCAAAAUAUUUUUGUUCCCCUCCCCGCUAAUUGUUCUUGUUGAUUCAUGCCGUUGAGACCAAACCCAAAUCUAGCAAAAAAUUGGGACUUCUUUUACCUGAUAUAAGCGAUAUCGGUGUAUUGAGUCAGCCGUUUGCUACUGUUAUCCAACUAAGAUUCGAAGUACGAAAAAAAGGUCUGAAACCAAAAACCAGCCUGGUGAUUAUCUUUUCUCAGUCUGGUGAAAGUUUGUGUAACGAAGUAAUGUAAUCAUAUUUUGUUUCACUCGUUAGGAAAACCCAUCUAUGCAAUGCCAUUUGCCGUGAAACGUUCAUCAACCAUGCCGAGUUUCCACAAACUAAGCAUGUGAUACUUGAUGAAGUUCACAACUUCCGGCAGCGUGAUACAAUUUCCUGGUAUGAGAAGGCGAGGAAUCUAGUGCGACAGCAUGACUCCAACAGACCAGGAUACUUGUGGUGUUUCAUUGACAUCUGCCAAAAGAGUCACUCUUUUCCGUCAGGUGUGUGUCCAAAUUUAAUAUUCAUCCUAGUUUCAGCUAUAUUUUACUUUUGUUAACUCAAAAUUGUACAUAUACAUGUAUUUUAUCCAGAUUUAUUUAGUUUAUUUAACCUUUAUCUUUUGAUAUAAGACCCCACAAGCUUCAUUCUUUAACCACCACUGUGUCCAAAAUAAAGGUAUUGUUUACUCACUCACUCACUCACUUACUCAUUCACUCACUAACCCACCCACUGGUUCACCCAUCCACCCACCCACCCACUCACUCACUCACUCACUCAUCCACCCUUCACCCACCCACUCACUCACUCAUCCACCUACCCACCCAACCACUCAUUCACCCACUCAAUCAUUCAUUUACCCACUUACUUACUCACUUUCUUUCUUCCUUACCAGGUAUUCCUGACGAAACCAGGCAAGAACCGCACGUUAGGUUACGAAAGGUCAUUCGUAACUCAGCGAAGAUAUUCAAGCAUGCAAAAAAAUAUCUUGUCGAUGAUGAUUCGAAAGACAAGGUUGAGAUAGGGCACGACUUCGAUGGAGACGAUGUUAGGACAAUAUAUUAUUCAAAGAGCGAAAAAACCGAACUGGAUGUUCUCUUUACUACGUUGCGCCAGUUUUUGGAAGAGGGGUACAAUGAGAGAGAUAUCGCUGUAUUGUUUUUGAAGAAUGAUAAAAUUCCUUCUGAGGACGAGCUUUCUGCGAAGUUAAAUGGUUUAUCUUGGAGGCCUGCAAAGGACAAUGAUUCUGAAAACAUUGUCAUCAGCACGGUUCUUAAGUACAGCGGUCUGGAAAGACCUGUCGUUGUACUCGUGAAUGUACACAGGCCUCUAUAUAAAUUUCACAAAUUUCCUUUCAUUUACGGUGCAGUGACACGUGCUAUGGUAAAACUCGUCAUUAUACGAUGCAAGGAAGGUUGAAUUUAUCUUCUAACUAAAAUAUUUAUGGAUGGAACUUGUGUUAAAAGUUGUAUCGUUGGUGUUUUCAAAAGUUUCAAAAGACAUUCAGAGGAACAUUGAGAUUGUGCAUGUAACUAUCUCCCCCGAUUGUCUGAUCAGCAUUUGUGCCAAGUCUAGAAGAAACAGUAGUGCAAGCACAGAAGAAAUCUAUGCUUGUACUUUUUAGAUAUCUCCCUCCAAAUAGGUUGUCAUUUUAUUGCUGUUAAUAAUUCAAUAGAGGGGCUCCGAAAUUUAAGUUUUUUAUAAAACAAUUUUUACGUGAACGAAAGACUAUAUGUUGACGGGGAUCUUGUUUACGAAUAGUAGGCAUCAAUAGAAGGU